AUGGACGCGGCGUUAGGACCUAGCGGAUUAUACAGGGAAAGCUACCGAGGUUCCAGGAGGAAGUUAGAGUCUUCUUCGGCGAAGAGUAGGGUGACGGGAGAGUGGUGUGCUUAUCACCAAGUUUCUGGUCAUGAUACCGGGAAGUGCAGAGCUUUACAGCACGCAGUUGAGAAAUUGAUCACAACAGGAAAGACUGCUAAGGCGCGGCGUAAUAAAUUUCCUACGAUCGGAGAAAUAGGCACAAUCGUUGUAGGCUUUAGCGGAGGAGGAAUCACUAGUGCAGCGCGCAAACGAUAUCUCAGAACGGUGAAUGCGGUUGCGGAAGCACCUUUCGGUUUUCAGCAUCCGGACAUCACAUUUUCACCCGCUGAUUUUUUCGGGUUAAAACCACACUUAGAUGACCCGAUCGUGAUCUCCCUUCGGGUUAACCACUUCGAUGUACAACGAACGCUCUUGGACCAGGGGAGUUCAGCAGAUAUCAUCUACGGCGGGGUGUUUGCGCAGCUUGGAAUAAGGGAAGGUGACCUUACCCCGUAUGAAGGGACCUUGGUAGGAUUCGCAGGCGAACGAGUGUGGGUGAAAGGAGUCAUAGAUCUUGAUACCAUAUUCGGCGAGGGCGAGAAUGCCAAAAAACUAACAGUACAAUACUUGGUUUUAGAGGCGGAAGGGUCAUACAAUGCGAUCAUUGGAAGGAACACUUUAAACCGUCUGUGCGCAGUAAUAUCAACAGCUCAUCUAGCAAUAAAGUACCCGUUAGCGAGCGGGCGAAUAGGACAGAUUGUGGUGGACCAAAGGGUUGCAAGAGAGUGUUACUGUAACGCUGUGGAUCGGUAUGGUAAGAAGAACGCCUCAACAGGACAUCGUUGUAAUGAAGUAGAGGCUCCGGACAAAAGCUUGGAUCCUAGGGGCGAGGGGCGAGUCAAUAGACCCACCCCGAUAGAGGAAACCAAAGAGUUGAGUUCGGCGAGAAGAUACUCAAAAUAG